AUGGUGACUGCAAUCGUUCAAGAUUUACCACUGAAGGAUAUCAUAUCUCUCGCACAGACUAGUAGGCUUAUGCAUCAACGUAUGAUCCCUUUUCUGUAUCCCGUGGUGGAAAUAUAUCGAGAAGUCCGCCCAUAUAUCGACACGAACGCUCCGGACCUUGACUUGGCGGAGUACGAAAGAUCAUUUUUUCAGGAAGACGGUUCGAAGGACUCGUUAUCAAUAUUGAGUCUCAUGAAGGAUUUGAGGAUCUUGCCUCAACCGUGGUACUUCCAACGAUGCGGUAUAGAGAGAUAUAUUGCUGGUAGGAGCAAUAUCGCAGAUCCUCAGUCCCAACAUACUGGUAUUCUUGCAACACUGGCUUCAAUAGGGAGGCAGAUUUUUCCUAAUAUCCGCCCAGGCCAACUGAGCCGCUUUUCAUGGAUGUUAGGUUACUGCAUGCCACCAGAAGUCCUUGGACCGCUGGGCUAUAUUACCAUUAAUCAGUCGAAUCUCAAGUCCCUUUCGCUGGUGGUGGAUGGCGCAUGCCGUGCAAACGGUCUUGAGGGGCUUGCUCACCUCAAGAAUCUCCGUCAUUUCUCGUGGCGCGGAGUUGUCGCGAAACGGAAUUUCCACCUCUUCCGCAAGGUUGUCGAACAUAACGCCCACCAUCUUGUCUCUCUCGACGUGGAAGUGGUGCGCCACUAUAAUCAGCGACUUGUAGCUGAUAUUCAAAUGGACUUAAUCUGGCUCGGACUGUUGAUUCCACCAAUCAGAUUCAGGGGAAACCUUGAGAAGUUAUCCACAGAGCCGAUUACGAAUGAAUUCCGACUCAAAUCACUCGUAUCUCUGUCCCUGCGCAAUGUUUCGCUUCUUGCUUGGGGCCCCGGCGACGAAUUGACUUUUGAUCCGGCAAAGUUGACAGUUUUGAGGCUCGACUAUUGCCCCAAGACUCUCCGUUUUUUUGAAACGUGGGAAACUCGAGAUCACGGCUUCUCACUUCGAUCUUUUGGUGGGAUCAUUGAUGAGAACUGGGGAAGGCGUGCAUACUUUCCGCUGGAAGAUUUGCUUGAUAAAUACGACAGCCAAUUGGAGGAACUAUAUCUCAGUAUCAAUGUGAACCUUGGAGUGGAGAUAGAUUUCGACGCUUACUGGCCCGAACUAAAACGCCUUGUCCUCAGCUUCUUCAGCCAGGGACUAGGCGUUCGAACUGAGUCCAGUCUUCCAGAUCGAUUUGUUGUUCGGUUAAUCCUGCGAGCCUUACCGGGCUUAGAAGGAUUCGCUUUCUCGAGGUCUCCCUCAUUGAUUGAUGAUUCCCAGAAGGCCAAGGAGACUUUAAAGUACUAUGCCGAUGUACUACAAUCGGAGGGAUUUCGGGUGCAUGUUGACGAUGCUAACGCGGAUCUGACACCGUUCUAUUUCGACGAGAACAAAUCUUCUGGUAACCGCGAGCCGAAGAGGGCAUUCUUGCAGUUGCUACCACAGUGA